AUGGGUGCCCCAUCCGCCGAUCCAGCCUAUCGAAACUCCCCGGGUAUAGUCCAAGGACAAGGAGACCAUCUCCUGGUUUGUCAUGCAAUCCGUUACGACGAACGCGAUUUCACCAUCGUUGAACGGGACGAGAAGGAAAGUAGUCAGAAAUACCAUCUAGAGAAUCCAUAUUGGAAGACGUUUGACCCUGGUGUCGUGCCUUUGCUAAAGGGGAACAAAUGGAAUUGA